AUGUCACCUUUCAGGAUUAUGUAUGGUAAGGCAUGUCAUUUGCCUGUGGAACUUGAACAUAGAGCAUGGUGGGCCUUGAAGACGUUGAACAUGUCCAUGAGUGAUGCUGGAGUGUUGAGGAAACUCCAAAUGAAUGAAUUGGAAGAGUUGAGGAAUGAUGCUUAUGAGAGUUCACGGAUUUACAAGGAGAAGACUAAGGCUUAUCAUGAUAAGAUGCUUCGUGGCAAGACCUUUGUUGUGGGACAAAAAGUCCUAUUGUUUCACUCUCGACUUAAAAUCUUUCCUGGUAAACUUAAAUCUCGUUGGAUUGGACCUUUUAUUGUUACUCACGUUUUUCCUCAUGGUGCUAUACAGAUUAGAAGUGAAGCAACUGACAACGAGUUUAAGGUGAAUGGCCAUCGCUUGAAGCCAUAUUAUGAGGCGUUUAGGGAGACAACUGUGGAGGAAGAGGACCUUCACAGUUGGGGGAAAAGGUCAAGGUCACUGGGUCGAACGGUCAAGAAACUGUUUACUGCCACUGGAUAUGUGUUUCCACUCGUUCUGUUUCUUGACCGGUCAGUUACUGUUUAUUGA